UACGCUACUAGUACUAGCACUAGACAAGAAGGUCCAAAACACUUUGACAAGAGGAAUGAGGAGGUUAUGUUGUUGUUAACAAGGUCUGUUUGAGUUCACAAAUCUAAUUAAUCCUAAUCUAAUAUGUACUGUACAUAAUUGAAGCCAUCUAAAGACAUGUAUUCAACUUAUUAAUUAAAAUAUGUUUAAAUAAUAUGAACAAUGCAGGACAUCAAUAACUUAAGGUAAAAAGUUGGCAAGACAAAAUGAGUUUCCAAUGACAAAACAAUGGUGAUGAACUCAAAGGCUGCAGAAAAUGUCCCUUUUCUGUUCUCAUCGGCGAAAUAUUUUCCGUCUGACAGUACUGAUUAUCGGAGGAAUCUUGCUGUUCAACGAAUACUUGGUUUAUUUCUUCUUUUCCCUGACAUGGCCAAAGGUGGCGUGUGGAAACAUUGACAAGUUGCACUCUGUGAUGCUAGUCGCUGAUCCGCAGAUUCUGGGGGAGAAGUCUGAACCAUUUAUUGCUAGAUGGGACAAUGACAGGUACCUGAGACGAUCAUUUGCUACUGCCCUCCGUCAUGUGGAGCCGGAACUUAUAAUCUUCUUGGGUGACUUGAUGGACGAAGGCAGCAUAGCGACUGAUGAGGAAUACCAGAGAUAUUUCCAGAGGUUCAAGGACAUAUUUCAACUUGACUACUUUCCAGCAAAUAAGACUGUGUUUGCACCUGGAGACAACGACAUUGGUGGGGAAGAUGAGCUUGUGACUGAUAAGAAAGUUAACCGAUUCAAGCAACAUUUUUCCUCACCAACAAUCUAUAAUUUAGGAAGAGUCCAGUUUGUUCAGGUAGACAAAAUGCAACGUGUGGUGCCACUAUUGUCCCCACUGUCUCCGAACGACAACCAAACUAGAGUUGUGAUCUCACACAUGCCACUCCUGGGUCUGCCGAGUGCUUUCGCUGCUGAGGUGCUCCAGAAGCUGAGACCUCAAGUGAUUCUGUCUGCACACGAUCACAAGCUGGCUCGGUUCUCUGGAGAUAUCGAGACCGGAGAGCGUCUUACCGUCGACACAUCUUCGGAUAAUUGGCUGGCCAACUGGCAACCCUCAUGGAGGUUCCAGAGGUCAGAUCAUCAGACCUAUGAGGUGGUUGUACCGACAUGUUCGUACAGAAUGGGCGUCUCCGACAUGGGCUUUGGAGUCGCUCUCUUCGACAGGAGGGGGGAGGCUUGGUGUUAUCACGUGCUGUGGCUGCCGUCACGAUUCCAUGCUCUCAUCCUGUACUUGUGCGUCAUCACUGUGAUGUUGGCAGCAGUGGUUGUGACGCAAUGCUGUCUCCGCCCAUGUCGUUCCAGGCACAAGUCGGCAUUAUCAUACAGAUUCCUGUAAUGUGGGGACACAUCGACCAAUGGAUAACACUUAAACAUUAAUCGUGAUAUCACCAUUAUGUAGUUUACAUACUCACUAUAUCAUACAGUUAGGAUUAUAUUUGGUGUUAAGAAAAUGUAUCUGCUGGUAUAGAGGUUGAAUAGUUAGCGUACCAUAUUGCGUAUUCACAAGAUCUAUACAUAAUUUUAAUUCAUUAUUUUUGAUAAGGUUUUUAUGGUGGCUCAAACUUGUUACAAAAUUUAAAAUCAGUAGUCCUUUUAAUGUAUCAACUCGAAACAUUAGUAAGCUUUUAUAAAACAAGAUCUCUGCAGAUUGCUAUUGUUAUUUUUAAUGUGUAAAAAUCAAAAUAAUGGUUUUUUACAAAAAUUGUAAUCCCAUGUACUCAUGUUGGAGAUAGUCUGACAUUGGGGUUGAUGUGGAUAAUUUUUUAUUUAUAUUUUAAAUGCUCUCUUGAAACUUGGGCAAGACAGAUAUUAUUUGUUCGAUCCUUAGUUGUUUGUUGUGCUAAUUUUGAGUUGUUUGGUAUUUUAGGAGGCCAUAUGUAUAGAUAGGUCUCUGUUUCCAAUAUACCCUGUAAUUUUUUUGUGCUAAAACAUAUUUUAAUAAAAAGUCAAUUUUAGCAUAUUGGCCUUACAACCACUUAGGGUUGAAUUUGAGUAAUAUUUAGGUUUUUACUUAGUCUUCUGGUACUCUCUAUAAAUUAUAGAAUUGUUUGUUGUAAAAGAUUUAUAUUUUCAUUUGAAAAUAUUUUUUAUAAAUCCUAAAAAUUAGUAGUUAUUGCGAUACAAAACAUAAUAUUUUAAUGCAUGAGAGAAUUCCAAGUUUUGUUGUAAAUUGUGGUACAGACAUUUUCCGUAGCUAAAUCUUAGAAAUAAUUAAACCGAAUUAUUAACUAGUCAUUUUUUUAAUGUUAUAAACUCAACAGAGUAACUUAGUUUAUUUGUUGACGGAUUAUUUAAAAGAUAAAGAAGUUUGUAGACGUGUGUUUGCAAUCGCUGAAAAAAGAAAAAAUGAAUAAAUUUCAGAAGUCUGCAAAUUUUACCCUAUCAAGCAAGUUAACUAAUUAUUUUAUUCAGUUAUGAUAUGGUUUAUUAGUAUGCAUGAUUACGAAUAAAAAGGAAUUAUGUUAAAAUAAGUUUAUACAAUUAAAAUUUUUUUUAUUAUAGUUAAAUUAAUUACCUAGUAAUAUAUUUUACUAAUAUUUCAUUUGGAUUAUAUAACACUUAUCUUAAGACCUGUGUAAUAUUUUGUAUAGGUUGUGUAUGUAUGGACUAUAUACAUAAAGCAUAAAGUAUUUAAUUGAUUUAAAUAUAUUUUUGUACAAAAAACUUUUUUGAAUGGAAGUAUUAACCCUUUGAGUGCUUAACUUGAGAAAAAAAGUCUAUGAAGUUCCAGAGUCAAUUUCAAAGAUUAUGAUGCGGUUUUUAAUGCAAUAUAUAGUUAUUUUACCUCUCUAACUGAGUAAAGGCAUUCAACAACUUUUUAUUAAUGUGAGUUUUAUGUUUUUCUUCUUCUUCUGCGAUCUAUGAACCACUUCGUCGUCGUAACUGUUUCUGCUAUCAGUUGAUGUAUUAAUUGAUUUCAAGAUAUAUUAUAUCCAUUCCCAUAUUCAUGUCUUUGAGUAAAAACACAUUAAAAUGCAGUUUAUACUUAAUAAUGUUCUCUAUUUUCAUAAAUAUUUUCGGAGUUCUUUUUAAGAAUUAUUUUUACUGUUUCAAGAGAAAACAAUUUUUUUGACAUUGAUGUGCAACAUUUUAUUUACAUUACUGUAAAUUGCUCAUAAAGGUUCACACCUCAUAGAAAAUAUUAUGCAUACGUUCUGCUUUGCUUUUUAUUGUCUUUUACUUGUAAAAAUUUAAAUUACAAUAAAUAUUGUAUUCACAAAGCUUUUCUUCAGAGAUAAAAUGAUAAGUGUACAAUUUUCCAUUACAUGCGUUUUACAAAAAAAGACUAUAAAACAAAAAUAUGAUAAUCUGUUGGAUAGAUAUUUUGCUGAGGCACGCAAUGGGUUAAUAUGCACUGAAACAAAUCUUGCAGUGUUGUAUGGAUUUACCUAUAGCCUUGUAAGUAGUUGUUUGUUCAGUUACCAACUCCUGGCUGUUACAAAAUUAAAUUUUGUCAUUUGCUGUUGUUUUUAACGAGAAUAUGUUAAAAGCUUUCCAUGGAAAUGAGAGCCAGACAUUAAGUGCCAUAUUUUUUGUGCAUACACCGCAUAAAUGUAAAAAUAAUUAGCUUCUUUAAUCAGUUUCAAAUGUUAGUGAGUAUUUUCUUAAAGUCGCAUUGCUGCCAGUUUGUAAAAUGUAAAUUUUAGUAUUGCAAGUUGUAGUAAAGUGAUGAAUAUUUUACAGGCCCUUUGAGUUGCCGGCAACAUCUGGAAAAUGUCUGAACAAAUUUAGUGUAAUAAAUCUGUUGUAAACUAGUGUAAUAUUUACAAAAAAUAAUAACAUGUUGCUUUUGAUAUAUUACGUGACAAAACUGAUGGUAGUCACGUGUAAUUCAUAUUCAAACAUGGCUAGCCAUUUUUAUUCUUGUUAAGUGAGGAUUCUUGAUUUGUGUCACAAAAAGUUAGUGACACAAAAUGUUAGAUGAGCCAUGGUUUUGACUACUUAAACAGAGAUGUUAUCACCGCCUAGUUUUACCUAGUUUUACAAGUAUACAUGUACUUGUGUUUUACAUUUCUGUCAAAAAAUUCUAAACAAAGUGCCUUUAUGGAUCUUACUUGAACUCAAAAUUGGCCGUGAUUAAAAAAAGCUUGGUAGGAUUUUCUGUCCAGUUAUCAGAAAUUCACAUUAUAUUCCUUGAUGAUCUGUCCAAGACUACAUCUGCCGACAGAUGAGUUGCUCUAUCUGUUAGUAACGUUCAAGGAAGUAAAGUAACAAAUGAGCUUGUAGGAACUGUGCUCACAUAAUGCAGUAACUGAACUAAAACCAAUGAAAUUUUAUGAGACCUAAUUUGUUAUAACAGGAAGAAUGCUGCCAUAUCAUUUGUCAUACAGAAGUCGAAUUUAUUAGUCCUAUUAUUGUUUGCCUAGUGUUUAAAACAGUCAGUCGUAAAGCUAUAAAGAAAAAAAACAUAGUUGAAAAUGUAUUAUUUUUUACAUAUAGCUAUUGUAAAUUAGAAGAAAAAUUGUUUAUAGUAACAGGCAAAAGUUAGGACCACAUGGCCCUUUCGUACACUUAACCUAGUAAUUGUAGAGAUUGCAGUUGAAACUACAGUACUCUUUACAUUGUAUACUAUUUGUUUAAAAUAUAUACAAUUAUAAGUAAGAAAUUAUUACUAAUUAUUUAUUAAUUUUUAUUUUAAAAGUUGUGUACUUUUUGUUUAUUUUAUUUGUAAUUAAUUUAUUGUUUAUUACUACCAUUUUUGUUGCAUGAGAUUUUGCAUUGCGUCUUUAGCAUUCAAUUUCUUCAGGUUUUAUCUAACUUUUUAUUACGUAGGUUUUACAAUGUUUAAUUUAUUUAAACCAUUUUUUCAUUAAUUAAGUUGCAAUUUUAUACGUAGUAAUUUAAUACUCUUGAUUUUGAUUGUGUAAGUUAUUAUUGUGAAACUUUUAAUUUUUUUAAACUAGUAUUAAAGUAUUGGUAAUUAUCAUAUUAACGGCCGGGGCGGAAAAAUACGAGUUUUGCGUUAA